AUGCGGGACUGUCGCGGCACGUCUCCUGGUCCCAUGUCGUACAGGCUCAGGCCACGGAACCAUGGGGUUAUUACCCCAGAUUUUUCAUCUCGUGGUAGCCCCUCAUUCUGGCGGAGGGCCGCGCGGAAUGGUAGACGGAAACAGAGCCGCUGUGAACACGAGGGGAGACUGUCGAGGACGGAAAUUUGGAAGUGGAAGCAUCUCCCUUGGGUCGUCCUCGGCGGCACACCGGUCAAGCCACAAACAUCGAAACAGCCACACGGUGGGAACGACAGCGGCAGGAUUCCGCCAAACUUUUGCCAGACUCCGUCGCGGGGCGAAAGCUUGUCAGUUGCAAAGUCUGGCGGCGCCGUGCUUUGCACCGGACACAUCCAGGAACCAGCUUCAGGAACCGAAUCAUCUAACUUGACAUGCAGGCAAUCCGACUCACACCCUCUAUCCUAUACACAGAGCCCAUUGAGAUUGCCAUUCAGCACGACCAUUACCCCUCGCGACGCACCAAAGCCCUCCCACGGAUGUGGUUGCCGGCCCGUGUCAGUUGUCUCCAGGGACCGCACCUACCGCAGAUCAAUCGCCCUAAAAUGGAUUCAGCUCCGGCAAGCCACAUGUCUGCGGCGGGUCACCGUUUCUCCUUUCACUAGUGACAGGGCCACCACGUGUGAAAGCCCCGUAUCGCCUCUGCGCACUCGCCGUGCGGAUGCGCCGCUGACAUUUCGCGACAUCGCAAGGGACGCCGUGAGCCACAGGAUCGCGCUCAAAUGGGCGCAGUCAAUUUGCAAAGUGAGAUUCUGGCCACCGACCGACUCUGCAGGGCAUGUCCACACGCAAAAUUUUGGGAAGCCAGCUGGACGGCUUGACUCAAUACCCCUGCAGCCCUGCCGAGGCUCGUCCCUUCUGAUGAUGUGGAUGAUGUGCAGGCCCGUGUCGGAGCCGAGCGCCUGGCAGGCAAGAAGUCGACCGUUUGUUCCCGCUGUGGGCCCUCGUGUGGCGGCCCACUGCUGGUCUUGA